AUGUUAAAGGUUGUCAUAAUUUUAGCGUUAUCGUCUGCAGUCUUUGCACAAACGCCAGUGAAGUCAUGCGGGAAAGGCCAGCUUUUACCAAAAGCUGUUUAUUUCGGAGGCAAAGAAAGUUUUUGUACAAAGUCACCAUGCGUGCUGAAACGAGGAAAAACAGGAAUCACUGAGGUCGAGUUCAUUUCACCCAUAAACUCACAAAGCAUUAUGCCAAAAGCAAAGGCGAAAGUUUUUGGAAUGUCAAUUGAUUUGAAUUUGGGCGUCAAGGCUGCAUCUGCUUGUAAAUUCCUGAAAAGCGGAUGUCCUUUGGAAAAGGGUAAACCAGCAUUAUUUAAACUUGUGAAACCUGUGGAAAAGAAUGCAAUGACAGGAACUGCUGAUGUGGAAUAUACGCUAGUAGGCGACGAUAACCAAGUGAUAUUUUGCUACAAAUUAAAAACUGUCGUUGUUUGA